AGUUUAUUGAAGUGGAGGUUUUGAGACAUCAUUCGACAACCUGCCACAGCGCCUACGGAUACACACUGAAUUCGUAAUCAUCUACAGGCAUUUUUUUUGUUUGAAAUUGUUUCUUUUUCAUUAAUUAGGAAAUGAUGACUUGAUCUGUUUUCAUCUGCCCUGAUCUAUUUUGAUCUGUCUUGAUCUGUUUUGAUCUGUAUUGAUCUGUAUUGAUCUGUCUUAGUCUGUUUUGAUCUGUAUUAGGCGAUCAAAUUAGGUAGAUAGAACAAAUUAUUCUCUGUUAUCAAAGGACUGCAACUCGCUUUAAAAAAAAAAAAAUACAGUUUAACUUGUUCUUAAUUUUUUUUUUAUUUUUUUUUUUUUUUUUUUUUUUUUUUUUUUUUUUUUUUUUUUUUUUUUUUUUUUUUUUUUUUUUUUUGUGUUUUAAUUUUGUUUUUUUUAAAAAUUUUUUUUUUUUUUUUAAAAGUAUGAAAUUUUUUUAAAAAAAAAAAAAAUAUUUUUUUUUUUUUUUUUAAUUUUUUUUUUUUUUUUUUUUUUUUUUUUUUUUUUUUGGGGCCUGACAUGAGAUUUGUUGACUCAUCCAACUAUUCUAUAAUCGAGCUAUGAUUUGUUAUUUGAUUUUUUUUUUUAAAUGUAUUUACUGCAUUUAACUUGUUGCUUGAAACAUGUGACAUUUAUAUAAAUUAAACCAAGUUUAAAUUAAAAUAUUAUUAUCAGCGGUGUAGCUAUCCUAAGUGACACCCGACGUGAGAAAAUAGGUAUUCUUUUUUAAAGGAAGGCGUGAGUGGGAAUGUGUAAACUUUGUAAUAAAAUGAAUUUUCUUCGUGUCUGUCCCCCCCCCCCUUGUUUAUUUUCCGAAAUCUUCCUUAGAACAAUUUCCCUUCAACAAGUUUCUUUCUUACAAAUUUCCGGUAGCUAACUGCAGUGGAUUCACUUCGUCUUACCAUAUAUAAUAUUCUCUAUUGUCUUAUCAUAGUUCAUGUACGUCUGUAGAUUAUAGGUCAUGUCCAUGUGAAUAUGUGGUCUCAGAGGUAGUCUUUAUUUAUGAACAGAAAAUGUCUGACCAGGGCUCAUCUAUGUACGUUGCUGGUAGCAGUGACAGUGGAGUUUCUGACACGUCGUGGACUAACUCGAGCAUCGUAAGCAACGUCAGCAGUGUCAGCAGUGCUGCAAGUGACGCUACCAUAACAGGUGAGCAUGGUCAGAAAUGGGACGCCUACGUGGCAAAGGCUGGAUUUAGUCACAAUCUUCCCCAAAAGUUAUAUUUUGCACGAAAAAAUACGAUAUCGGUGCCCUCUAAAGUUGGGGCCCGGGGCGGGCACCCUUUUUGCAACCUACGCCCUUCACAAGGCCCUGUCUACAUGAGCUUUGAUUUGUUGACAAAGCUGUGGGGAAAACAUCACAGAACUCCAAAGUGUUCGGUGCAGGAGAAAAGUUCGCGGAUCACCCAUCAAAUCUUAACAGUGUUAAGCACGGACUUUUUCAGCGUUCCAUUCAUCUACUUAGCCAUGCACACAAUAAUUAUUCAUUUCGUAUAUAGCUAUAUGUACUGUGAGACAUUAAUUAUGGAGAUAAAUCUGCAGAUAAGAUACAAUUUCUAAAUGUUAACAAAAAAAAAAAAAUCAACACAAUCCAGGACAGCAUUAGUAGCAGAACACAAUCAGUUUCAAUGUUGGCCUGUAGAAUAUUUAGUGGGAUUGGUCCGUCCGAGGCGAGGUAAAUUUUAAUGUUAAAAGAAAAAUAAUCAACACAAUCCAGAACAGCAUUAGUAGCAGAACACAAUCAGUUUCAAUGGUGGCCUGUAGAAUAUUUAGUGGGAUUGGUCCGUCCGAGGCGAGGUAAAUUUUAAUGUUAAAAGAAAAAUAAUCAACACGAUCCAGGACAGCAUUAGUAGCAGAACACAUCAGUUUCAAUGGUGGCCUGUAGAAUAUUUAGUGGGAUUGGUCCGUCCGAGGCGAGGCAAAGUGGACCCGGACGCCAAAAAAAAAAUGGUUGUCAUCAGUCAGAACCUUACUAGUGAACUAAAGAUAAAAUCCCUAUAAACCUGUACUUCGCAAAGCAAAUUGGGGGGGGGGGGGGUGUUUGCAAGACACAUUUUUUCACUGGUCUACAGUGGUGGCACUUACUUUCUAUAAUUUUAAAGGGUGUCAUUUUUUGGGCGACUAAAUGCAUACAACAACAAUCAUCUGUCAUACAUACCCUCUCCUCUCCCUCUAAAUACUACAAUCAACAGUUAAUCAAGAAAACGUUACGUUUACACCAUUGUUCCAAUAGCAAUCCUGAAUUAUUACCCAACAUUUUUUGUGCACAAAUAGUUUAAAUAUUAAUUUGCAUUGCUUGACAAUGUAUAGUUUACAUGUCUCUAUCAGGGAAACGUAUUGGUGGUUUCACUUAAUUGCCGGCCAUAUCUUGUCACCACUUGUGCUGGAAAAGGAUGUGCUGGAAUAGGAUAUCCUGUAAUAGUGUCCUAUUUUUAUUUACUUAGUUUACAUGUUUUAAUAAUUGUAAAGCGCUUAGAGCUUUAUGAUAAGCGCUAUAUAAAAAAUGCCUAAAUAAAUAAAUAAAUAAAUAAUAGGAUGUGCUAGAAUAGGAAUUAUUGCAUUUGGUAGCGACACUUUCACUACAGUCUCUUUUACAACCUCUGGGUUGUUGAGUUGUGGUUCAUGUGCUGUAUCGGAGCUGUCACGUUCGAAUAAAUCUGGAUAAUUGCUUUGCCCGCCAAAUGUCUCUUUUAGCAGUUUCUGAUUUCGUCGAUGUGUCAUCCCAUCUGGUGUUUUGGCAAUGUAAGAACUUGGUGUGGAGGCUUCUGAGAUAACUACUGCUGACUGGAUUCCAUGAGCUUCGAGGCUUGUUCUGCAUAUGGACACUGCUCCCAGGCUGAAUCUGUGGACACUGCUCCCAGGCUCAAUCUGUGGACACUGCUCCCAGGCUUAAUCUGUGGACUGGGGCCUUUGAUGCUCACUGCAUACUGAGCAAAUUAUACAAGGUCUAUGAUCUGUCAUUCCCGGCUAGAAAAGUACUUCUCUUGCUGUAGCCAAACAUUUAUCACGCCCUAAAUGUCCUCGAUGAAGUCUCUUGAGCAUUUCUUUCUGCAAUAUUUUCGGAACUAUAAUUUGCUUUCCUUUGAAAAAUAAACCUUGGCUUUCACUUAGUUCUCCUUUGAAUCUAACAUACAUUCUUAUUUCUUGUGGAACCUCAGAUCUUCUAUCUGGCCUACCAGCUAAACUUUGUUUCCUUAAAAGUCUCAGGGUGGCCUCGCCCGCUGUUGCUUUUUGAAAUACUUUCAUUUUUUCAUCUGAAAUAGGUAGACUGUUAACCUGGGCUUCCCAGUCAUCACUUGAUGGGUAAUGCCUUGGUAUGGAUGCUCGAGAGAGAGAGGGUCUUGGAUAAACAUUUCAUUGCCGGGCUGGAAUUCAAAAAAGAUUUGUCGCUACUGUGACCUGGCGCCCAUAGACAUAGUGAUGAAAAUGCUCAACUUCGAAUACUACUGCUAGCAUUUCUUUUUCUAUUUGAGCAUAUAUUUUUCCCCACUCUGUUAAAGACCUAGAUGCAUAAGCCACAGGUAUCUCAAUUCAUAGGCUGUCAUAGCAUCUGUGGAACAACAAAUCUUUAUUCCACAUUCUACAUUCCUUUUAUACCACACAUCACAUGACCAAUCACUCCUUUCUCUAACCAAUAUUCACACCUUUAAGUUUAAACAUUCAUGAAAACACAUCACCGCGUCUAGCCACACCACGUGACUACACAUUCCAAUCAAGUCACAAAGUUCACUCAAUGCACACAACAAUAUUACUAUCGGCACUUGGAAAAACCUUGACCUUUCAAACGGUAAAAUCGUCGAUUUCUUGAAUAUUUAGCAAUAAACUGACAACCAUAGGUAAUUUAAUUAUUUGUUUAAAAAAUUAAGAAACCUUUUUAAAAAAUUAUUUCUUUAAAAGACGAUUUUGAAACAAACUGGUAGAAAAUAAUUUUAAAUUAUCGACAAAACUGACAACACAAGAAUCUUUACUUUUUUUUUUAACGAUCGUAUACAAAAGCUGAGAACCACUGCCCUUACCAUAAACAUAUCAAGAAUGAAACAUGGAGCUGAGCUUCACCUAAUGCGUUAGUGUUGCUAGUCACUUGUUGAUAUCAGUUUUAAUUUCUCUGAUACUAGAGUACGGAAAUUAUUGUAUUACGAAUUUAUCCGAUCAGUAUGGGAAUAACAUCCUAGCCUUCCUCGAGUUAAGCCAGGGGCGUGGAAAGAAAAUCUUUAUUAAUAAUGCAGGGCGACACUGACAGAUGUUCCCACAAGAUGGUGACACAAGAUGUUGACACAAGAUGCUGACACAAGAUGCUGACACAAGAUGCUGACACAAGAUGCUGACACAAGAUGUUCACACAAAAUGGUGCAGGAGAAACCUUUUGUAUAGUUUCGCGAUUACAAAAAACGUCGAUUUUUUAUUUUAAGAACGGUAUCAAUGUCAGGUUUUCGGUCUUCUAGAGAAAUUAGAGAAUAAUUUAUCUUCAACUUAUAGAAGUUCAUGUCUUGCCAGAGAUGGCCAUCAUCAUACUAUCAGUUGGAAUCUGACCAGUGUUAUUUCUACUAUUGCUUAUUUUCAUGAAAUCUUGAUUCAGUAAACGCAUCCAUUUUAUAAUCCUUCCAAUUACCUUGAGGAUUGGUGUGGGAAGAGAGAGAGAGUGUGUGUGUGUGGAGGGGGGCGCACGGUGUGACAAUGUGAUUUAAAUUGAUAGGACACAGUAAGCGCAUCGUGUGACAGACAGUGGCAGCGCGUGAUAGAGUUCUAAAUUUGAAACUGAAGUUUCCAUCCAUGUUACAAUAAAGACGCUGGCGUCUGCAUUUUUUUUUUUUCCCGAAUUAUAGCUUCACCAGCAUCAAGUGUGGACCACCCCCAGCAGACACCAGGCGUUGAUCAAAUUCAACAUGGACCUCAGGAAGCCUCGGGAUCACUAGACAGUGGGAUAUCGUCAAUGAGAAGUGGACAAGAUCAAUCACUUCCCCAGCAACACGCCGUUGCUGGCAAUAGAACACAGGAAUGGAUAAACAACAGGUAAAAGUUAUUAAAAAAUGUGUGUGUAUGUGUGUGUGUGUGUGUGUGUGUUUUAUGUCUAAAUCUGCGUGCAAAGAGGGGUCAAAUGUGUAGUAAACCUUUCAAAACCCCCUUUUUAUGUAAGGUGACUCAAGUGGGGGGUUGUUGUUAGUUUGUUACCACAACUUUGCAGUCUUCAGUUUGAUAUGUUAGCUGCCCCCCCCCCCGCCCAAUCAAAACGGCUAACAUUCGCCACAUAGCAUCCUUAUUGAAGUUUUGAUGCUGUCAUGGGACAAAACGAUUGAUCUUUAAGAGCUUGUAUUCAAUUAGUCUGGGUAUAUUGUUUAACUUAUCUGAAAGCAAAUUUAACCAUAUUCCACAAGUCCCAAAAAAGCUGAGAUUUCGUUGGUCCGACUUCUGCCUCAAAGCACAAAAAGGAAUUGAACAAUGUGGAGCAUUUGCGAGGAUAACGAAUUACAAGACUGUAUGAAUAUAUAUAUAUAUAUAUAUAUAUAUAUAUAUAUAUUGUCUUACUCAAAAUACUUGGUUCGUUUUUCCUUUGCUUGCUUGCUCUGGGGUCGUGUAGGUCAGUGUUACCCAAACCGUGGUCCGCCAGGCCCGCGAGCCCUACGUUGCUGGUUCGUAUGAAUAUUUAUGGUCAAAAGAAAAUACAAUAAAUGUAUCUGGCAACGGUCCGUGGUGGAAUUUUGAAACGCGUUGACCGGUCCGCCAAUCUUUACAGUUUGGGAAACUCUUGUAUGUGGCACCUCAUGAGUCUAUGUUAAGUGUUUGAAAAAGUAAAAUACUAUUUGAUUUCAAACACACAAAAUCACUCACUGAACACCUCCUUGAAAAACACGAAUCAUGAAUUGUUUAAUGAAUAGAAAUGCUUAUACUUAUCCACACUUAUUUCCACAGUCAGUUUAAUGUGUUUGUCAAAACAUUAAACGGUGACACUCUGACUGUACAAACCAACGCAGACGAGACGGUCGCAUCUUUCAAAGCUAAGGUGGAUGAAGCCACUGGAGUCGUGGGAAGCCAACAACGUCUCACCACUUUAGAAGGCCGCGACUUGAAGGACCGAGACCGGCUGAGGGACUACAAUAUUGGAAGAGAUUCAACACUCAGAUGUCUGGGCCGUCUCCGAGGGGGCUACAUCUAGGCUGGGGCCACCAUUUAUAUUCCAGAUGUGGAGCUGCAACUGUUUUCUUAUAGUUGGUGCACUGACAUCUUUGACUUUCAUGUGACUGUCCAUGUUUCAUUUCGUUAAUAAACAACUUUCAAGAAA